AUCGGUUUACGACAGAGUGCGUCCGUGCGCGUGGUGGGAACGGUGGCAAGAUGGCGGCGCUGAAGGAGGAGCAGUGCUACGGACUGUCCUGUGGAAGAGUGAGCAACGGUAGCAAUAUCACCGUCUUUCACGUCAAACUCACUGACAGCGCAUUGAAGGCGUUUGAAGGGUAUCAGAGCAGUAAGGUCCUGUCGUCGCGGCCAUUGAUCAGAUUUAAUGGAAACCAAGGGAAAAUUUCCAUACCACGGUCAGAAAAUUCCAGUGAGCUCCAAACGUUUACUUUUGACCUGUCAAAUGUGGGCAGAGAUAACCCGCAGGGCAGCUUCGACUGCAUCCAGCAGUACAUAUCUAGUGAAGGCAGUAUUCAGCUGGAUUGUUUGGGUGGGAUCCAGGACAAGAUUACAGUAAGAGCCACUGACGACUCUUACCAGAAGGCCAGAGAAAGCAUGGCCCAAGUUGAGGAGGAGACUCGCAGUAGGAGUGCCAUUGUCAUUAAACCUGGUGGAAGAUAUGUAGGUAAGAAAGUUCAGAUCCGGAAACCGGCACCUGUCCCUUCAGACAUCGCCCCCUUACGGAGGACGUCUCGACCUGUCCUUAUCUCCAGUAGUACACAAAAGAAAGGCACGACUCAGCAUCGACCUCUCCGUGAGCGCCUCAUACACCUGCUGGCCCUCAAGCCUUACAAAAAGCCUGAGCUGAUCCUGAGGUUACAGAAGGACGGCCUCUCGCAACUAGACAAAGACUCCCUGGACAGCCACCUGCAACAGGUUGCCAAUCUGAAUGGGAGAGAAAACACCUUCACAUUGAAGGACUUUAUGUAUAAGGAAAUCCAGAAGGAUUGGCCAGGUUACACAGAGGGAGACCAGCAGCUUCUCAAAAGAAUUCUGUUCAGGAAACAACAGGCCCAGAACAGCUCUGCACCUCUACCAGAGAGUCCACCCAAAGAGCUGGCCAGCAGUUCUCCAUCUCAGAAACGACCUCUUGCUGACUUCAUCGACCCUCUUGUGAACAAAAAACCCAGGAUAUCGCACCUCGCCAGUAAGGCUGCAACAGCCCCAGUGAAUGGCAAGCUCAGCUCUUCCAAUGGAAGACUAGAGACGGGGGGAGCACAGUCAGGAGUGGUGGUGUCGAUGUCAGAUGGCGGCAUGACGUCCAACUCGCAGCACCUUUCUGUACUGGACAUCCCUCGCCCUUUCGAAGCGCUGUCAGACGUCAGUAACGACUCCAGCCAUAAUGGGCGUGACUGCGACUCUCAGGAAAUGGCUAUAUCCGAGAGGCUGAGUCAAACGCCUUCGGUCUGGUCCAUGUCAACAGUUGCCUUCACACCUAGCAUCAGCACACCAUCCUCUGGAAACGUGGUCCUGGAGGGCCCACAGGACAAGGGUCCCUCAUCCUUUAACAAGUCCAGAAAGAAGUCAAAAAAACAUAAAGAGAAGAGCAAAGACAAGGAGAGGGGGAGAGAGAGGCAACAAGACAAGGAGGGGAAGAGUCGUGAGGAGCAUGUGCCUGAGCCUAAUGCAGCCUGUGAGAUGAGCCCAGAAAACUUAAAAAGCAACAGUAUUCCACUCAAAAGCACAGACUUGAAUGGACUGUGCAACAGUGCCAGUAUUCCUUCAUCAUCGUCUGAGGUGGCAGACUAUUUAUUGAAGUACACAGUGAUUGGCUCUCCAGAGCAGCGUCAGAGGUAUAAAAAUGAUUUCAACGCAGAGUACAGUGAGUACCGGGGUCUGCAUGCUCGAAUAGAGGGCAUUACCCGGCAGUUCACCGUGCUCGACAAUGAGCUUAAACAGCUCCAGCAAGGCACAGACAAGUACAAGACAAUCCACAAUCAGAUACUUCAAGAGUAUCAUAAAAUAAAAAAGACUAAUCCAAACUAUAGCCAAGAGAAGAACCGCUGUGAAUAUCUACACAACAAACUGGCACAUAUAAAGAAACUUAUUGCGGAGUACGAUCAACAGCAACUUUAAAAGUAGUAAUUAGACCCUGUUCCCCUGUUAUCUCUGGAAACCGAGCAGAUAAAGGAAACUUUGGAUUCCGCUUGCGCUAAUGAUAAAAAGUUAAAAAAAAAAAAAAAAAAAACACAAUGAAGGGAGUCCUCCCCUCAUUGGGGCCAAAGGUUCUAGUGGGGACUUAGCCGGACACAUGAUCCGUUUCCUCUCCUUUUCUUUUUCAUUGGAGAUGUGGCUGUGCCUACUGUGGCCAGGUAUGUCAGUGUAGAUGAAGUGCAUCCAGAAAAAUAGCUUCUGUGUGGCUUUGAUCUUAACAAAAAUGGAAGCUUUCCAACUUUAUUGGGAGACUUUCCAAACAAUCUUUCCUGCUUUCAAAACUGGAGAGAGGAAGACACUGAGAUGAGAAUUGCAGAUUGAACGCCAUAUGCAUCUAAUUUGUUUUAAGAAAAAAAUAAAUGAAUGAUUUAUUAGUUUUGCCCACAUAUUUAGUUGUAUGGUUGAGAAGCUGAAUCUAUUUCUUUGUUUUUAUUUAUUUUUCACAUUCACUGGGGGUGGGGGGGUGAAACUGUUUUACACUCCUCAGUAUCAGUACUUAAAAAGCUCUCGUUUUCUGUCCUUACAUCUUGAAUGUCUGCCAGUAUUUUAUUCAGAAGCUGCCUUCCCCAACUAAUUGUCAAUUUGUUGGCGAUAUUUUUCUUUCUCUUUUGAAGAGAUGCGGAUAUUACUGUUAAAUCAAGAAAUGCACAAAGUCAGACGCAGGUUUUUGCGCUUGGCUUUCCUUUUCUAAAUUGAUGUGUAGGUGUCUUAACAGAGAGAACAUGAGUUUGCAGUCGCCUUAGAGCUGUAGAUUUUUCUUUGAAAGCUGUCUCGUCACUGUCAUGGCGAGCUGUUACAGCAGCGUUCCUCAUGUAUGGGUCAUCAUAUUCUAUCACUGAUAAUUCCAAUUCGGCUCUUUAUUGGUUGUCUUUCAACUUUUCUUCAUGAUGGCUUUUGUAGCAACAGAGAUUCCAAAUUAUGUGGAUGGCGAAUGUCAGUGUUGGUUUUCACUGUUGAAGGUCCUCGUCUUGUAAAAUGAGGCUGACAGGAUUCAAGUCUACAAAUACAAAUCUGAUAUCUAAACUGCAUCAUCAAUGCCUUGUUAAACAUGUUUACUGUCAAAAGAUUAAGAUUUUUUUUUUUUCGUGUCUGCUAUUCAACUCACUUGCUAAUCCGUUUGAAACGACUGUUAAGAUGAAGCCAUCUUUGUUCAUCCUCUAAGUGAAGAACCAGUUUUUUUGCCUUUUCAAAUGUGAUGUCACAUAUUCACAAUGAAUGGACCCUAAACUCUAUUGCCUGGGUUGGCGUCCCUCUCUGAGAAGCAUCUGGUUAACGAAAGGGUGAGUCGGCUUCAGUCAGCGAAUGCAUUUCUUCUAUUGUUCUUUGUAUGUGAAUAUGAAAAAUCAGCACUUUUUCUCCUGAUCUUGCUGUUACUGGGGAGGCAGGGGGUUGUCCAAAUGACACUUUUCUCUUUGUCCAUCAGAGUGCAUGCAAAAUGAAUGUGUUACAAUGAACAAUCUUUGUAUCUUUUACUUGAAAAAACAAGGGGGGAAAAAAAACAAAAGGCCCAAGGAAAUUAAAAUGAAAGGAAAGGCCUAGUCCAAGUGAAUUGGUGUAAUCAAUUAGACAUGGCUUUGACCAGCAUGUGUACCAAAGUGCUUACCGAGCAGGGUGGCACAAGAAACUCUACCAAAUGUCAGCAAAAGAAAGAUGUUGCAGUAUUCUCUGCUUCCUGUUGUAAUUUCUUCAGUAUGCAUAAUUUAUAUCUCAGUGGAAAAUUUCUAAUAUUUUUCUUUAGAGAAGUGGGAGGUGGCUCUUUUGUUUCAGACAUGAUCGUAAUAUCAGUUUUCCAGUAACACUACAUUAGGUUCUCAUCACAGAGGGGCUGGAUCAGGCACUUUACAACGCCUGGUUGACAAACGUGAAGGGUCAACACUUAACCUUGCACAUUAUCACAAUAUUUAAUUAAGAGGAACAUUCAUCACUAUUAUUACUGUACUUAGUUUUCUGGAAACAUUUAGAUGAUGCUGUAUUACAUUUGUAUUACUGUUUAAAAACAUUGUGUGAUUAUCAGUAAAAUAUACUUUGAGCCAGUGGAGAGCAAACUCAGUAAUGAUGCGCCAGCACAGGAGUGCCACUGUAUAAGAUGAUUGUGCCAAAAUGACCUGUUAUAUAGGUUUGUAUUUAGUUCUUUGGGUUUUUUUCUCCUUUUUGUCCUGAUUAUGUACAUGCUGCUGUAAAAGCAAAGAGGGCUUUGAAGACUAGUCAUGAAAUGUUGGCGCUAAAAUCCAAAGUAUACUUUUUUGAAAACCAUAAGGGACUGGAACUGAAAUUGAUCUGUUUCAAUAAAAUUCUUUAAAACCCUUAUGUGGGGAAAUUCUGAA